AUGAACCAGAUUACAACCGUGACGAAGUUACAACGCGUACUCCUCCUUCUUGUAUCACACAUUCUCUUCGUGUCAUCACAGAACGAAAAUAUUAGCGAGUUGUGGCCAGAAGGAGAACUCAAUUGUGUGCGAGGCUUUCGUCAGUACAACCCGAUUACACAAAAGAAAAUAUACCAUGUCGGUGUUCAUGCCUCUGCGGGUAUUGAAACUGCCAAACGAGAGUUCAACCUUACUUUUGAAGAAUACUUGAAUGAGGCUGUUGGAAAGAGGUGGGAUCCUCCAAUCGAGUUCAAGAUGAAGAUCACGGACGAUUCCAUUCGAGACUGGCUUGACAAUAGAGAAGACGUCGAUUUCAUGUACACGGACACCGGCAUCUACUCAUGUAUUGGUAUCGAGAUUGGGGCGAAACCGAUUGCGACCACUGUUGCCAGGUUGGAGUCUCGAGGACGGAACUACGAGCUCGAUAUCUUCGCGGGUACAAUGAUGGUCCUGGCUGACAACGAUGACAUCGGCAGUAUUGAAGAUCUGAAGGGCAAAGUGAUUGGGGCGCAAGCCUUUUCUGACUUUGCCGGAGCACAGGCACAGUUCUACAUGAUGCAAAAAGAAGGAAUCAAUCCCCUGAUUGAUGCCAAACAGGUCAUAUUCACAGGUAACAACGAAGAUACGAUACAAGGUAUUCUUGACGGAAGAUGGGACGUUGGAUUUGUUCGAACCGGGCAAGUGGAGC